AUGAGGAGCGAGGAGGGCACACUACACAUGAGGAGCGAGGAGGGCACACUACACAUGAGGAGCGAGGAGGGCACACUACACAUGAGGAGCGAGGAGGGCACACUACACAUGAGGAGCGAGGAGGGCACACUACACAUGAGGAGCGAGGAGGGCACACUACACAUGAGGAGCGAGGAGGGCACACUACACAUGAGGAGCGAGGAGGGCACACUACACAUGAGGAGCGAGGAGGGCACACUACACAUGAGGAGCGAGGAGGGCACACUACACAUGAGGAGCGAGGAGGGCACACUACACAUGAGGAGCGAGGAGGGCACACUACACAUGAGGAGCGAGGAGGGCACACUACACAUGAGGAGCGAGGAGGGCACACUACACAUGAGGAGCGAGGAGGGCACACUACACAUGAGGAGCGAGGAGGGCACACUACACAUGAGGAGCGAGGAGGGCACACUACACAUGAGGAGCGAGGAGGGCACACUACACAUGAGGAGCGAGGAGGGCACACUACACAUGAGGAGCGAGGAGGGCACACUACACAUGAGGAGCGAGGAGGGCACACUACACAUGAGGAGCGAGGAGGGCACACUACACAUGAGGAGCGAGGAGGGCACACUACACAUGAGGAGCGAGGAGGGCACACUACACAUGAGGAGCGAGGAGGGCACACUACACAUGAGGAGCGAGGAGGGCACACUACACAUGAGGAGCGAGGAGGGCACACUACACAUGAGGAGCGAGGAGGGCACACUACACAUGAGGAGCGAGGAGGGCACACUACACAUGAGGAGCGAGGAGGGCACACUACACAUGAGGAGCGAGGAGGGCACACUACACAUGAGGAGCGAGAGGGCACACUACACAUGA